AGCUGACAGCUUGACAUUGGCCGAUGAAGAGCGGAGGAAUACACAGAAAAAAUCACCUGCAUAUAAGCAUUCAUCUGCCGCUAAAUACUAUCAUCCUGUCUCCAGUACCGCAGGUGUCAAUGAGGUAUUUAGAGCUUUUCCUGAUGAUCCCUGCAUCCCCUCCUUUACCCCGGGGUGGAGAGAUAAGGAGGACAGAGAAACUCCUGAAAAUGGGAAAAGUAUGGAGCUACAGGAUGUCACUGAUAGACAAACUUCCAGCCAAGACAACAACUGCAGAACAAGCGGUCUGUUCAUAUCCAAUCAAAGACCACACACCAGCUUAUCAGACAGAAACACAAAUCAAACACUUGCAUCAGAUGGUGCAACAUGCUCGGUUAAAGAAUCCACAUCGUGCUGGAGCAAUGUGGAGAGCAUGGUGUUUGGCACCGGGAGUAACUUGAUACUGAGUUAUAAAACAGCUGGAGCUCAGCCAGAAAGAGACAUAUCAGGACAUCAGAUGGAGCUCAGAAAAGUAAACGUUGAGGGGAAGGUGGGAACAAAGAUGAAAGUUGCGAAAGAGGAACUAGAGGAUGCUAGGAUGGGCGAAAGGAAAGGAAAGAAAAAUGAAGAACCAGAAUCUAGUUCAGCUUUUGCAUUGUAUGCAAAGAAUAACAUGAGCAACAGUGAGCCAGAGAAGACACAGAAACGAAUGAAAAAGACUUCAAACAUCAGCUGUCAUUUGAAAACACGACCAACUUUGACUGUAUAUAAGCGAUACCAGCUUUGUGUGGAUCAAUUGCAUCACCUCAGAGUAAGACAAAGACAAUAUACCGAACCGGGAUGCUUCAUAGAUUCCCCUGCAAAAGACAGAAAGACGUCUGAAGAAAUUGCACCACAAAAUCCUGAGAUUGAAAAACGUCUAAAUAAGGCAGGAAGCAAAAUUGUUACAGCUGCAGAAAUCACAAAGGAGAGGAGUUCAGGUGUCAUUAAUAAAAACCAGGACAGAUCUCAAUACAAUAGAAGUAGGGCAACACUUACUGAACAUGGACAGCACAAACAUUGUGACAGUUUGACUGUGAAGGAAACACCUGCAGCCAGUAGACCUGUUUGUCAGAGAAACAAAAUUACCACCAACACACAUUUGAGUCUUAAUAGCAACACAUGUGGUGCAUUAAUAAAAGCAACUGCAGGAGUCAUAACCUCAAUUGAUGAGGUUAUUAACACGCAUAUGGAGCAACUGGGGAAUUCCCCUGGCAAUAAUGGUACCAUUGUGGAGGAGAAUGCUGCACUCACCACUAACCCAGGUUUGUUUUCAGAGAGAAUUGAAUGUAAUCCAGACGUCAAGGGUUGUCAGAGAAGUGUCAAAGGUCAAAAGACAAAAGCUGGGAGACAAGGAGCCUCACUGAGACUCUGUGAAAAGUCAAGUGUCUCCCUGUCUUGUCCACCCAAUAAAGAAAUAUUGCAAAGACCUCCGUCAUCAGGAGUAAACAAACACACAAAAAGUCACACACCAGAGGACAAAGUGAAACCUACUUCAGCCUGUAGUCAUACACACAAAUGUCUGCCAUCUACAGAGACACACACACAUCUUCAUGAUGACCCCAGACCACCAUUACCAGCCUCGGGUGCAUGUCCAUGUAAACAAACUGGCAAAUACAGCCCAGCAGGUGUCCCUAUUUGUGACCUCUGGUUGUCUCUGCCUGAUGAGGUGUGGCUGUCCAUCCUGUCUCUGCUGCCUCACAGUGAUCUGUGCAGAGUGCUGCAGGUCUGCAACCGCCUGCACACACUGGCCACUGAUCACUCACUCUGGAGAAAUCUGAGAAUUGAAAACUCCAACCUAACAGACUGGUGGUUACUCUGUGUGGGCAGACGUCAUCCUCGCAGUCUGUGUCUGUACAGCUGCAGUGGCCUGUCUCUCACCUCUUGUGGGCUGGAGAUGUUUUUCACUCUGUGUAGAAACUUUCUGAAGGAACUCAAGGUCACAAGUUGCACUGGUCCUUGUCUCCAUGGGGACCAGAUGUUGCCUCUGAUUGGUCAGCUGUGUCAUCAUGUGACCAGUGUGGACGUGAGCUGGAGUGGAGCAACAGACACAGGAGUGAAAGCUCUGAGUGACUGCUGCCCAGGGUUGCGGCUAAAAUCUGUUGUCCUGAAUGGCUGUCAUGUCACUGAUGACCCACUGAUGAAACUCGUCAUGAGGCACAAAGAAACUCUGUGCAGAUUGGAGGUCUUUGGCUGUCAGUUCCUUACUCCAUCCUGUCUACAGACAGUAUAUGAGAUGUGUCCUGGCCUUCAGCAUCUUAACAUCGGACAGGUGCCAAAGGUCAACACACACAGUCUUACAGUGAUGACAUCACAGCUCAAAUGCCUCAUUUCACUAAAUCUCACUGGACUACAUGUGAUUACUGAUGCCGCAGUGGACACUUUGCUUCAGAACUGUGUCGAAAUUCAGAGUUUGACCUUCAGUUCCUGCCCUGGAGUCACUGACCUGACACUGCACAGCAUCCGCAAAUACACACCUUGUAUCAGAUCUCUGGACGUGAGUGGCUGUAAGGCAGUAACAGAUGCAGGAGUUCAAUCUCUAUCUCUGGGAUGUAGAAGACUUCAGCAACUAGAUCUCAGCUCCACUGGCACAGGAAACAGAGGGGUUACUCUGCUGGCAAAUUACUGCAGCAGAUACCUCCGUACUGUCAAACUCAGUUUCUGCCACAUCACCUUAGAGAAUAUACUGAAGCUCUGCAGAUGCUGCAAGAGGUUGAAGGUGCUGCAUCUCUACGGCUGUGCCCAUCUCCCCGCUGAGAGAGAGAUCCGAGAGGUUAAUGCUACUGUUAAAGUUUACCCUCUGUCCUGACUCACACACAAACAUCUGCACAUAACUGGACAGAUACACACAACAUAUUGAAGUGCAAAAUGUAACUAUGAGUAAAAGUAUGCA